AUGGCCUCCUUCAACACCAUUUGGAUUUUCUCUCUCGCUCUUCUCCUCGUCGCUUCUCCUUUCCUCCAAGUUGUUAGGUGUCAGUCUGAAUCAGGUGAAGCUGUGGAGACUACUGAAAGUGAUAUUGGCAUUGUUGGUGAUGAUGCACAAGACUUUGAUGGGGUUGGAACCUUUUCUGCUGCUCCGGGGAUUGAAACAAUAAGUGUAUUUCCGAGAAAUAUUGCAAAAUUGGUUACAGCUGGAGAAGAGACCGAGCUGCUAGUUGGUGUUAAAAAUGAUGGCGAGUCCGACUUGAAUGUUGUUGCAAUCAAGGCCAGUAUUCACCUUCCUGUCGAUCAUCAUCUGCUUGUUCAGAAUCUUACUGCUCAGGUUUUCAACAAUGGUUCUGUACCAGCCUCAGCGCAAGCUACUUUCCCAUACAUAUUUGCAGUCAGUAAAUUCUUGCAGCCUGGAAGUUUUGAUCUUGUUGGCACUAUUAUCUAUGAGAUAGACGAGCAUCCAUACCAAAGCACCUUCUUUAAUGGAACUAUUGAAGUUGUUGAAUCUGGUGGGUUUCUUAGCAUCGAAUCUGUUUUUCUUGUUACUCUUGGAGCUGCCCUCCUUGUCCUCUUGGGGCUUUGGAUUCAUGGUCAAGUACAAAACCUAUCUAAGAAAUCAAAGAGAGCUCCGAAAGUUGAAGUUGGAACUAGGUCUAUAGAUGCUUCGACAGACGAAUGGCUACAGGGAACUGCAUAUACUCAGUCUCUUUCCAGCAAAUCAAAGAAGAAGAAGUAG